CUCCUCCCCCGGCCGCAGCCCCGCCCAUAGCGGAAGCAGGAAGCGGGCGGGCCGGCCGUGACCCGCGGGCGGGCAGCGCCGGCCGCGCCAUGACGGGAAAAUCGGUGCGGGACGUGGAGCGCUACCAGGCGGUGCUGGCCGGGCUGCUGGCCGAGGACGAGAACAAGUUCUGCGCCGACUGCCAGGCCAAAGGGCCACGAUGGGCAUCCUGGAAUAUUGGGGUGUUCAUCUGCAUCCGCUGUGCUGGGAUCCACAGGAACCUGGGAGUUCACAUAUCCAGGGUCAAAUCCGUCAACCUGGACCAGUGGACACAGGAACAGAUCCAGUGCGUGCAGGAGAUGGGGAAUGGCAAAGCCAAUCGUCUCUACGAAGCCUACCUGCCCGAGAACUUCCGGAGGCCCCAGACAGACCAAGCUGUGGAGAGUUUUAUCCGGGAUAAAUACGAGAAGAAGAAAUACAUGGACAGAAGCAUCGACAUCAACGCCUUCAGGAAAGAAAAGGACGACAAAUGGAAAAGGACCAACGAGUCGGAAAGAAAACUGGAACCCAUCAUCUUUGAGAAGGUGAAAAUGCCUCAAAAGAAAGACGAAACGCAGCAAUCCAGGAAAAGUUCCCCCAAAUCUGAGCCAGUCAUGGACUUGCUGGGCCUGGACGCUCCGGUGACAACGCCCGUCACCAACGGCCGGCCCAGCAGCCUGGAGAAGGACCUGGACCUCUUUGCAUCCGUGGGAUCCAGCUCAGACUCCAGGAAGGUCGUUGGCUCCAUGCCAACCUCGGGAAGCGCCGGCUCCGUUCCUGAAAAUCUGAAUCUCUUCCCGGAGCCCGGAGGCAAAGGGGAGGAAGUGGGGAAGAAGCAGCUCUCCAAAGACUCCAUCCUGUCCCUGUACGGCUCCCAGACGUCCCAGGUGCCAGCACAAGGAGCGAUGUUCAUGGCGCCGGCUCAGCUGGGCUACCCCGCCUCUCCCUACUUCCCGGCAGUUCCCCCUUCCAGCAGCAUGAUGGGCGGCUUGAUGGCCCCAUCCGUGGGCAUGCUGGCCCAGCCCGGAGCUCCUGGCAUGGUGGCACCCGUGGCCAUCCCGGCGGGCUACGUGGGCAACGUGCUGGGCGUUCCCAACGGGAUGAUGGGGGCCCAGCAGCCCGGCUACGUGGCCGGGGUGCCCCAGGCCGUGUACGGGGUCCAGCCAACGCAGCAGCUGCACUGGAACCUCGCCCAGAUGACCCAGCAGAUGGCUGGGAUGAACUUCUAUGGAGCCAAUGGAAUGAUGGGCUACGGACAGUCCAUGGGAGGAGGAGGAGGAGGAGGAGGAGGAGGAGGAGGAGGAGGAGGAGGAGGAGGAGCCCAGGGCAGCAAUCCCUCCCUCAGCUCCCCGCUGUGGAAAUGAGCCCUCGCUCGCACGUGACCAUUUCUGCCUUUUCUGUUCUCCAGACCUGCUCCAUGAGACAUUCAGGGUUUUAUUUUUUUUUUUUGCUUUCAGGUUCAGGCGACACCGCCCAACCUGAAAAUUUUUUUCUUUUUUUUUUUCCCAAUCCCUGAGCUCCAUCUCUGCCUUUCCACUGUCACAGCCACGGGGACAGCUGGGUGGCCAGGCCACGAGCACAGCCCCGUCCUCAGCACAGUCAAUGCACACGGGGAGGGGACCCCUCCCUGCACAAAGCUCCUGGGUAGUGCUUGAUGCCCUGCUGGGCACCUGGCCACAGGUGGGACUGGGAAAUCUGGAUUCAUCCCACCCAGAAAGCUGGGAUUUCUCACUUCAGUGUUAAAUUUUUUUUUUUUUUUUUUUUGGUGGUGGGGUGGGGAACCUCGUUUGGUGCUGAGGAACUGGAUUUAAGCCGAGCCCAGGAGCAAGCAAGCCUUGCUACCUCCUCCCUCGAGCGGAGCUCUCCCUGCUCCCCACCCUCCUUGGAACCAAAGUCCUUGGGAAAAGCCGUCUCCCACCCCCCCUGAGCAAGCAGGAAUCUCGCCCGGAGCGGGGGCAAAGCCGGUGGAAUGUGAAAAACUUGCACUCCAGAGUGAAUUUUCUGGCUGGUGUUGGGAUUUGAUGGAAUUUCACUUUUAACAAUCUAACCAGAGUUAAUUCUCCAGGGCCCAGAGCCCUGUGCAAGUUUUCUUAGACUUUUAAAAAUGACUCUGACAUCCUAAUUUAUACUUUUUUUUUUUUUCAUAUAUUUUUUUUUUUCUCCUGUUUUGUUUCGUUCUUGUUGUCGUUGUUCCUGUGUAAAAUCCUGGUUCCCCCCCUUUCCUGGCUCGCUUGGGACAUUUUAAUCUUAGGCAGACUUCUUUUCUCAUCUCCAGUAGAACCCAAAACUGCUUCAAAAGUCAGCAAGAAGUCGGACUUGUGGUCUGCUCUCUCCUGUGGAUAUGUAAAUUCCCAAAUAAAAUAUUGCAGUGGA